GACAUUUCGCGCUCUGUUUCCUUCCUUUGUGAUUAUUAUUAUCAAGUUCUCACAGGAAAAGAGUCGUCCGUUUGAUCGCGAUUUUAACCCGCGAAGGAAAAGCAACAAUUUCCUAAAAGUUGGCAAGAACUUCAGAUAACAUAGCUUGUUAUAACUGGAAAGGAUUUAAGGGAAACGUUGGUUUAAGAUCGCUCGUGUGUUUGUUUGCAGAACCUCGGAUCUUCCUUGGGCCUUAUUGAAAUCCAAAGUCGGGUCGAGCUAAUUUACAUCAAAAGAGAGCACAAACUUCACAACAAAAUAGAACUACAGACAAGAGAUUCAACACUUGUAUUUUGCCUGGUAAAUAAGAUGGUUAGACAACGAGCAGCUAUGGGUUCACUGGGUAGAUAACACAAGUCGCGUACAAUUAUAAACACUACUAGCAGAUGCCGUUGAAUUUCUGUUCCAUUUGGAGCCACAAAUACCGGAGAGAGCUUCUAGACCAAGCUACAAGCUAUGACAGAUAUACUUUGGCUUCUACUGCUUGUUUUGUGCGUAUGUUGUUCUGUUUAUGGAGGUUCUCCACCAGUAUUCAGCUCUUCCACUCCUAGCGACAGCGUAGGUGUCAUCCCAGAAGGCAACGCGGUCACCUUCUAUUGCACAGCAUCCGGGGACUUGCCUAUUCAGUACAGUUGGACAUCCGCUGACCUGCAGAACAACAUACGGGACCUUACGAUGGACUCGCGCUAUACCCAGCACAAUGAUGGUCGCCUGACGAUCAGCAACGUUCAGCACGCCAAAGAUGAUGGGUAUUAUCACUGUGUGGCAAAGAAUAACGAGGGGACUGCCUUAUCUCGGCGGGCGAUAUUCAGAGUAGCAUACCUGACGAUCCCAGCCAGCUCUAGUUCUCCGCCCACCGCGUCCUGUUACAUGUACUCUCACUACAAGUACACACUGGGCAUCACAGACACAUUCCCGCUCUUCCCUAAGACACAAUACACGUGGCGCAAGAGUGGCGCGCUCCUCAGAGAGACUGACGAGGUCAGCUUCUCGUCCCAGGGCAACCUGUACCUCAGCAGGCUCGGCUUUGAUGAUAUCGGCGAGUACGGCUCGGAAGUCACCAAUACUGUCACCGGGACUUCGUACUCGAGACCUAAGCAGAUUCUUUCAGUUCAAUCUUCGAGCUAUUCGAGCGUGAGAUCCUCCAUUCUCCUUGGGCCGUCACACCAAAUAGCGGUCAGCGGGAAAGGACAAGAAGUCACUUUCGAAUGCUUUGUCACGGGGAGCCCGAUGCCUAGUAUCACGUGGUGGAAGGACAGUCUUCAGAUCACCGCGUCCGCUAAGUACGAGUUCGUCCGCGCCUCAGGCGGCUCACUUAACAAGAGACUCAAGGUCAAGGAUAUCUAUCCGUCCGACGCAGGGGUGUACUCAUGCACGGUCUCCAAUCCCAUCAGCAGCGGGGCGGGAACGAGGGCGGGGAAUCUCACGGUGUAUACCGACCCGACCUUAGUAACGGGUCCUAGUGACGUCACUCUCUACCCUGGAAACCAAGCCGUUUUCAGUUGUCGCGCACGUGGCACGCCAACGCCCACUAUCACGUGGUACAAUAACGGUCGGCGCGUGUUCGCAAACAGCCGCGAGAGUGUGAGCAGUAGCGGGGAUUAUACCAUCCUACAGACGAAGGCGGAAGACUCGGGAGUCAUUCAGUGCUUAGCGAGUAACGAUGCCGGGCAUGUCAUGGGCCGAGCAUUGCUGAAAAUCCUUGGUAUUCCCAUAUGGAUUACGUUACCCCCGCGUGACACAAGCGUGACAAUAGGAGAGACCGUGGUAUUCGACUGUCAGACGCGUGGCAACCCCACGCCCACGGUCACAUGGUGGAAGGGGUCAUCGGUGAUAGAUAUUAGUAGUCCAUCCACGCGGUUCCACCAGAAAUCUGAUGGCGCCUUACAGAUCACGGGAACACAACGUGUUGACAACGGAGUGUACACGUGUCUCGCCAGGAACAGCCUAGGCGUGAAGAAUGCGUCCGCAGAACUUAAGGUUCUGGCCCAGACAAACAUCACCACCCCUCUCCCUCCGCGCACAAUCGCCAUAAAGGGCUACUCCAUCACCCUGGCGGUGGGCGUCAACAAGGAUUCCUUGAUUUCUCUGAGGUUCACAUGGACAAAAGACGGGUCAUCGGUCACCGAUCCGCGCAUGCAAAUACUAGCGAAUGGAUCAUUGGCGAUUACCGCUGUCCACGACUCGGACGCAGGCACAUAUAAGUGCGUGGUGUCAUCAGAUGUCGGCAAUGCGUCCACCAGCACCGUGCUUGUUGUACAAGAAAUCCCACUUAGUCCUUCGCGUCCAGUCGUGAGUCAGAUCCAGUCCACCUCCCUCCGCCUUGAAUGGAACCCCCCCGGAUACACGGGCAACAGUCGUAUCAUAUCAUACACUGUCGAGAUGCUGAAGGAGGGGGGGUCAUGGGCCACCAAACUCCAAAACAUCAAUCCAUCGUCCUCACAAGUCGCGGCCGUCAUCACAGAUCUUAGCCCAUUCACGCGGUACAAGUUUCGUGUUCGCGCCGUGAACGAAGUCGGCACAGGGUUACCAAGUGACGCGACGCCGUUUAUCACAACCUUCUCUGCACCCCCGUCCGGCGCUCCCACGUCAGUGAAAGGUCAGCCGUCCGCCGCACAGGCAUUUGUGGUCUCCUGGCAGCCCCCGCCGGCAGAUACCCACAACGGUCUGUUGCUAGGAUACCGCAUCAACUACCGCUUGAACGGCAUCGCGGGUAACACGUUCAACCUGAAGGUGAUAACUGAAGGCGCGGCUACUCAGGGUACUGUGGACGGGCUGCUCCUGUGGACUGAGUACGAGGUUAAGGUGCAGGCCUACAACAACGCGGGCUCAGGGCCCUUCAGCAGCAGUGUCAUCGUAACGACAGGCGAGGGAGUUCCCACCGCGCCUGUGCAAAACCUGAAGAUCAUCGCGAUCAAGGCUACGACAGUUGACAUGGAAUGGGAACCGCCGCCACAACAACAGUGGAACGGCCGACUCAAGGGCUUUAAGCUGUUAGCCUGGCAGCCACACGACCCCAGCACCAUCACCCGAACAGUGAUGAGCCAUGAUAGCAGUAGAGCGACCCAGCGAGGGACUCUAGUGAACCUUCGCAAGUACACCCAGUACCAAGUGGUGGUGGUAGCCUUCAACAGCGCGGGCGACAGUCCUAGGAGCGAACAGAAGCUUAUACGGACCGAGGAGGGAGGAAACAUUCAUCCAAAUGCAGUGCCCACCGCAGUGUCCUCGUUCAGCGUGUCUGAUGUCUACUCGGAUGGGUUCACUGUCAACUGGAACCCGCCAGUAGAGAUCAACGGCAACCUCGUGUCCUACCUCGUCAAGCACUGGCGGAACACUAGUAACCCUGUGGUGUCUGAGCAGUACACGGCCAACUACUCCGUAGACGUCACGGUGACCGGGCUCAACCCAAACACGUGGUAUACCGUCACUGUCGCGGCGAAGACUGGGGCGGGACUAGGGCCGGAGAAAAAGCUAUAUGUUCAGACGGUGGACUCACCUGUCCUUCCUGGUGCUCCCGGCAAGCCUCAGUACAUGAGAGUCAAUGCCUUCACGGUAGAGCUACGGUGGGCUCUCGGCUUUUCCGGACGUGCGCCGAUCGAACAAUACACCAUUCAGUAUAAUAACGACUCUUAUUUCGACCCCUUGGUCGCGAACUGGCGGACGCAGUACGUGGUGAUGGACGCGCACAAGCGGUCGCGGCUCUUUCCCUUGGUUGUGCCGCACCUCAGGGCGUACACUGUGUACCGCUUUCGCGUUGUCGCGGCUAACAGGGUUGGGAGCAGUUCGCCCAGCAACAUAUCAGACGAUGCAAGAACGCUUGAAGCAGCUCCUUCGCUGCCUCCUAGCAACCUGCGUGUAAUCAAGGGAAAUGUCAAGGGAGAGAUUCAAGUGCGAUGGAAUAUUCCUCCUGAAGAUACGUGGAACAGUCUGUUCAUUGGAUACAUCCUUUCCCUUGAGCCUGAGAACUCUCCCCAGCACACCUCUACCCUCAAUAUCCCUAACGCUCGCGUAGACCACUACACAGUGACCGGACUGAUGCGAUACACCCGCUACACCAUCUCCAUCAAGGCGUACAACCUUAACGGCAAAGGCACAAGUAACGUCACGAAACUCGUCUACUUUGUCACCGAUCAGGAUGCUCCUGAUCAGCCACCAUCCAGUGUGCGCGCACAGGCUCAAGGCUCCACCCAGAUACUCGCGGAGUGGGGCCCUAUACCUGAAGUGGGACGGAAUGGGGAGAUCCUCGGCUACCAGAUUUUCUAUCGAGUGAGAGGUCAAGCCAUAGAGAAGAUGAAGCAGGUUGAGGGAUCUUCCACCUAUUCCGCCACCAUAGACGGCCUAGAGAGCUUCGUGGUCUAUGAAGUCCAAGUUCUCGGCUACACGCGAUAUGGACUGGGACCGAGAAGUAGCACAGUGCGGACCAUGACCGAGGGGUCUGUCCCGGGACCCCCUGCGAGGCUACGCUUCCCGGAAGUGACGUAUUCGUGGGUUAAAUUAAUCUGGGACCCGCCCAUCUAUCCCCAUGGCAACAUCACGGAGUACUGGGUCAAGUACCGGCUUGAGUCUGGGUCUACUCUUCUUGCAAGUGAUGACGGGAUUGCUCCUAAUAAACGCACUAAGGUGUACACAAGCUUGUCUAGUGGUGUGUUUUAUAGAUUCUACGUGUACGCGCGCACGAGUCACGGGUGGGGCCCACCGGCCGAGGAGCUCGUCUAUACAACUGACGUCAGAGUCGCUCCAGACCGACCGUUUAUCUUCCCUAUCCCAACGAGCGCCAUCUCUCACCGAUCAGUCCUCAUCGAGUGGCGAAUCAACGUUUAUCCAAAGAGCCCGAUACGAUACUUUACCUUGCAGUUUGCCAUGGGAGGUGGUGGCUGGCUGGACUACCCUCAGCUGAUCUCCGCUGACCUCCGUAAGAUGACCGUUGAAGGCUUGCUUCCCGGCACCUCCUACCGCUUCCGUAUCAUGGCAACCAAUGACGUCGGCAACAGCCCUUAUAGCUCUUCUUCCCAGGAAAUCUCGACAAUACCUAUAGUUCCCACAGGAGCACCUCGUGAUGUACGCAUAACUGCACCCUCGCCCCAAUCUCUUUUGGUUCAGUGGUCGGCCCCCUUGCCUGAUGAAGUCGGCGGCACGAUGCAAGGUUUCAAGCUGAAGUACCGUAAAGCAAGCGACAGUAACUACCUCCAGAUCAGCCUGGGCGCAUCCCAGAGAUCCUACACUAUCACCGGCCUCGAGGUCUUUACUAAAUACCACGUCACUAUGGCCGUGGUUAACGAGAAGGGAGAAGGCGUAUACACACCAGAUAUACCGGCCACUACAGGCGAGAUGGCUCCCAGUACCGCUCCUAGUGACGUCACAUUCGGCUUAGUCACGAUGACGUCAGUGUUCGUGCAAUGGAAAGCUCCACCCAACGACUCCAUCCGCGGUCUGCUACAAGGCUACAAGGUGUAUUACAAGGAAGAGAAGGCCAGACGGCGCAGGCGCGCUGCAUAUGACGACAGCCACUGUCAGAGGCAGCCUGGGCCCCAGUACACGGACGUUGAUCACAUGGUCACCAGUGCAAAUGUAACAAAUCUUCGCAAGUUCGUGGAGUAUGGGUUUUGGGUGACGGCAUACAACUCCAAAGGCGAGAGCCCGCAGACGUCAGUUAUGUACAAGAGAACAAAAGCGGACCUCCCUGGACCCGUCCAUAAUUUCCGCACGGAAGCGGUGUACAACACGCGGGUGGACCUGAGAUGGGACUUUCCUUGCGAGGCCAACGGUGACAUCCAGCACUUCGAGAUAGAAUACGGGAAACUUUCCCAGUCCACGCUAAGGCGUAUACAGGUCCCGCCCACCCCUACCUCUUACGUCAUCGAGGGACUUGAGAUGAUGGUGGCAUACUCAUUCUACAUAAGGCCCAAGAACCAGCUCGGAUACGGACCUCAGUCAUAUGUGCCAACAAGGACCAAGGGGCCCGCAGUGCUCCCUGGGAAGCCUAUAGGGAAACCCAUCGUCUCCGUCAAUGGCGACACCGCGAUGAUCACGUGGCAAAACGGCGACAGCGGCAACGUGCCUUUCACGAAAUUCGAGAUUCAGGCGAAGACGGGAAAUGGUGCUUUCCAGACGCGCUGGAACUUCAACCCCGCCGACGCGAGCAAGAAUAAGACCUACGUCACGUGUACAGUCGGCAACCUGGAGCUGUACACGUCUUAUCAGUUUAGAAUCAUCGCCUGGAACCGCGUGGGCAAGUCGCCACCUUCUGAGCCAUCAGACGUCGUCACCACAGGUGGAGCCACAGGUACAGGUCAGCGCGCCCUGUAUCAGCGCUCCUGGUUUAUCGCUCUUGUCUCGGUUUUUGCUGUCAUUCUUGUGCUCGUCAUCAUUGGCUUCAUUUUCAUCCAGAGACGAAGACGAAAAGAGAGCCAGCACGUGGAGCGGCUCAGCACGGCGGGCAGCACUAGCACGCGUACAACCGCUGACACAUCUAUACGCAGUGGCAUUCUACCGGGCGUACAAAUAACCUACCGUGACCCCAACGAAGAGGCGGAAGUGAGCAGUAUAAGCGACAAGGAAGACGUCACAGACGACGCAUUGUCCGACGCCGACUACCCGACCAAGGACGAAAAACCGGACGCUUCAUUCGUCGGACAUUACAUUAAUGAUCCAAGUCAUCGCUCAUGGCGCCACUCACUCGGGCGCCAGGCCUCUCAUCCGGGAGAUAUCGAAGAGGGUAUGGAUAUCAUGGACACGGGAAGACCGAGAUUUAAAUCCUUCAGUGCAGACGAUCAAGGAAUUCCUCUCCCUCCUCCCCCGUAUGACAGCGGAAAUGACGCAAUGACUUCUAAUGAAAGCCUCAAUCGCAUGCGUGCACAACUUCCGCCUGAGGCUGUGACGUCAUUUAUGUCACCUGAAUACGAGGCCAAGAGUCGGUCACGUGAUUUGAUCAAGCAUUCGCCGCAGGGGAGUAGAGAGAGUCUGGACACUGGGAGGAGGAGUCCGUCGAAAGGAAACAAAAAGCGGGCAUCACCACACGGCAGCCGCGAUCUAUUGGACGAUCAACGCACCAAGAAACACAGCGGCUACACGUAUGGAACUAUGCCCGCGCGGCCGAGCAAAAACCCACGUGGGGACCCCCGUAAUUCCAGCUUUAGACGCGCUCUUGUAGGGGGCGGACAGGGGAAACCAUUUUCUCGAGAUUCCGAGGAAUCAGAUCGAUCUUCUUCAAGUAACGAGAACCCUGAUGUUCGGUACCCGGGCAGCUUGUCCACAUUCCCACGUGUCCAGCCCAAUCAGGAGCCCAAUAAACGGCGUAAAAAACCGCCUCAUUUAGAAACUAGACUUAGUGCUUCUCGGGCAAAUAGGGACAGGGGUCACAGUUCUUCAUCCGGGUCACCGCCGGUUUCGCCUGCACCUUCUUAUCACAGCACUGAUGCAUACGCGAUGAGAAUGGUGGAACCUAUUUACAAUCAACCUCAAAGGGCUCAUGACCGCAAUGGUCGGCCUGUUUUACCGGACUACCGUACUCUGGUGAUAGAGGAUGGCUUUGGUGCCACUGAACUCUUAGAUAACUCCGAACCUCAAAUAUCCGCCUACCAGUCAUUUGUAUAGCUAGGUUGAUACUAUUUUAUAUAGAUGGAUAAUAGAUAUAUAAUAAUAGAAUAAUAAUUAUAUUAGAAUAUUUUUUAUAUGUAAGAUAGCACCUUUUGAUACAGAUCGUGCAGAUACGCAACCUCGAGAAUCCUUACUCAGUUUAGAUAGUGGUUUUCAUUAGCCUUUGAAUUAAGUGUCGGAAACACAAGAGAACAGACAAAUUUGAGAUAUUGCUGUAUUGCAAGGGUAAAUGGAAGCCAUAAAUCUCCAUUCAAAUAGUUUUAGUUUGCGUUCAUUUUAGUGAAAAUCAAUUAUUUUUGUACCAAAAGUGAUCUGUAUAUAUUCUUUUCUAUCCGGGAGGAAUGGAGGGAGGGUUAUAAGAAUUGAACGCACUCUAAAUCUAUUGCAAACACUCAUCUCGAGAGCCGCAUGGAUGAUGCAGCCAAAAGCUGAUGAACAUCCGAGGUAAAAGAGCUCGAAAUGCGGUUAUCAAAGUAGAAAAGUCCCAAGAGGACUGUAAACAAACUACAACCUUUUGAAGCCUCACCCUUGGUCUCAAACUACACAGGGAACUGGUAAGCUGCACAUUGCGAUGAAAUAAAUUAUCACCUUUUUACACUUUGUUGUUUACUGAAACAUUAUAAUGUUAAAAAAAACAGCAAGUUUUUAGCUACGUAUGUGCACGAGAUUGUACAUUCUCGGGACACAAUUUGAAUAGAUCUUAAGAAAUUUCUCAUCCUUAGAUUUUCGGGGGCCCUAUCUUCGUCAUGACAUUUGUUCAAGUCUUCAUAAAACUUUUCAUUCAACGACUCAUAUGCUUAAGUAGCCCUUUCUCGUAAGUCUAGAUUUUAUUUGUAAAUAUCUAAAAAAAUUCCUCUUAUUUGUUAUCGUUAUCGUAUACAGUGUGUAUAAGAUAAUGUAUUGUCUGUCUAAGUUGAUGUGCAAUGACUCUUCCGAGCUUUUACUAUCUAGUAAAGUGCAAUGCCUUUUCAGGCUCCACUAAUCAGUAAUGUGCAGUGCUCUCCAAAGUCUACCAACCAAUUUGUUUAUGUUGAGGCUGCUUGUGCAAUGUCUCUGUCAGGUACAUACUAUUACUAGUAUAGUGUGUAAUGCUAUAACGAGAACAUCAGCCUGUCUGUCAGUCUAAGUAUUAGUUUAUGAUUCCAACACAUAUAGUUACUAAAUCGGUUUUUAUAAUUGUUUAUAAAUCAAGAUUGCAAAAAAAUUUCUAAUGUUCUGAAAAACUUUUAUCUCCUUGUCUAAAAGGCCUCUUGAAAGGUUGAUAAGGUGUGCAUGCUGGUGUAGAGAAUAGUAAGAAACAAUAGAAUAUGAGAAGACAGCAAGGGCCAAAGAAUAUAUCCACAUAAAUGUAUAAUAAAUUACAUUAAAUAAUGAAUGGGAUUUUUCAUAAAGCUCUAUAUAAAAAGUUAA